CCCCCGACCCGGCCGGGCCGGCGUCGCGUGACGGCGCAAGAUGGCGGAGGGCGGGGACGGCGAGGCCGAGGAGGCGCGCCCCGACCUCCGCAGCGUCCUGGUCACCAGCGUGCUCAACCUCGAGCCGCUGGAUGAGGAUCUCUACAGGGGGCGGCACUACUGGGUCCCGUCCACCCAGCGGCUCUUCGGAGGGCAGAUCGUGGGCCAGGCGCUGGUGGCCGCGGCCAGAUCCGUCGCCGACGACGUCAACGUCCACUCCCUGCACUGCUACUUCGUGCGCAAAGGGAACCCCGAGAUGGCCGUGCUGUACCAGGUGGAGCGGACGCGGACGGGCAACAGCUUCUCGGUGCGGUCGGUCAAGGCCCUGCAGGGCGGGCAGCCCAUCUUCAUCUGCCAGGCGUCUUUCCAGCGCUGCCAACCCAGCCCCCUCCGGCACCAGUUCUCCAUGCCCGCCGUGCCCCCGCCCGAAGACCUGCCCGACCACCGGGAGGUCAUCGCCGACUUCUUAGGGGACCCCGACCCGCGGGAGGAGUACCGGCCGGGCCUCCAUCGGAUCGCCGCCCGCGACGUGCCCAUCGAGAUGAAGACGGUGGGCCCGGGCGGCGGGGGCCCCCGCCCGCGGCCCGAGCAGAUGUUCUGGGUGCGGGCCCGGGGCCACAUCGGGGAAGGCGACGCGAAGCUGCACUGCUGCGUGGCGGCCUACAUCUCCGACUACGCCCUGCUGGGCACCGCCCUGCUGCCCCAGCGCCGCCGCUUGGCCGUCACCUUCCUGGCCUCGCUGGACCACGCCAUGUGGUUCCACGCCCCCUUCCGCGCCGACCGCUGGAUGCUCUACGAGUGCCGCAGCCCCUGGGCAGGGGGCUCCCGCGGGCUGGUCCUCGGCCGCCUGUGGCGGCGCGACGGGGUCCUGGCGGCGUCCUGCGCCCAGGAGGGAGUCAUCCGCGUCAGGCCCUGCCUCCCCCCCAGCAACCUCUAGGACCCGCCGGCGGGGGGGGGGGAGCGGGGCUGCGCCUCCCCGCCCAGCGCCCGAAGUCCCGCUCCCCGGCUCCCGUUGGCCGCCGAAGC